GCCUUUAAAACCGACCAGUUAGAAACUCGGCUUUAGCCUACCAAAACUUUUACCAUCGGCUGCGUCGCCUCAAAUCUCUCUUCUUUCUCUUUAGAUCGCAUUGAAUCGCUAUUAUUUCGUUUCUAUUCUAUUGCCCAUUAAACCCUAAUUUUGUAUUUUCUUCCUGCUUUAAACCCUUUCCUCUUCUUGUUCAGCACCUGAAAACCCUAACGAAUCCCCAAAACAACCUUAGUUCACACAUUGUUGAAUUGCUGGAUCUGCAUUUUCUUUUUCACAUAUUUGUAUUUUAGUUUUCGGCUGAGUCAACGCAUUGACUGAUUCACCGAGUCAUUUCUUUCUUAAUACUUAUUGAAUUACACUACUUGUUUGAUUUGAUAGCGUUCGGUGUCCAUCUGAGUUAGCUCAUUGGCAGAAUAGCUCGAAGAAACUUUCUUGGAAAUUUGAGAUUUUGAAGUUGGGAUUUUGCUUGUGAGGAGAGGGAUGUGAAAAUGGAGGGAAGUAAAGGGUUUGGUGGAAUUGGGGAAAAUGGAAGCUCCAGCGAGGGUCGGCCUCCAAACCCUCUUGCUGCAGGGUGUCGACAGUGUUAUACAAUUGAUAAUGCUCCUGUUUCCUGUAAGAAGACGCUGGUUCGACAUCAAUCCCUUGUGAAGACGAGGACAUCAGAUAUCUCUGUGGAACCUGAACUUACUGUACAAAAUCACACCGGCGAUUUCACUCCUAUUGUCCGUUCAGGAGCAUGGGCGGACAUCGGCUUUCGCUCAAGCAUGGAGGAUGUUUAUACAUGCAUCGACAAUUUUUUGGGUGACUGUGGGCUCAACAAUGUGGUCGAUGGGCCCAAUGCCUUCUAUGCGGUAUUUGAUGGACAUGGAGGAAAACAUGCUGCUGAUUUUGCAUGCUACCAUUUGCCAAAAUUUAUUGUUGAGGAUGAAGACUUCCCAACAGAGAUUGAGAGGGUUGUUGCUUCGGCCUUUCUGCAAACUGACACUGCUUUUGCAGAGGCUUGCUCCCUGGAUGCCGCCCUUGCUUCUGGCACUACUGCACUUGCAGCCCUUGUUAUUGGCAGGUCUUGGAUGAUUAAGCUGUUGGUGGUGGCAAAUGCUGGAGAUUGCCGUGCAGUGUUGUGUCGGCGUGGUAAGGCAAUUGAAAUGUCUAGAGAUCACAAACCAAUUUGCAACAAAGAGAGGAAGCGCAUUGAGGCAUCAGGAGGGCAAGUUUCUGAUGGUUACCUCAAUGGCAUACUUAAUGUGGCUCGUGCUCUAGGAGACUGGCACUUGGAAGGAAUGAAAGGUACAGAUGGUGGGCCACUCAGCGCAGAACCAGAGCUUAUGACUACACAACUGACAGAGGAAGAUGAAUUCCUCAUUAUAGGUUGUGAUGGAAUUUGGGACGUAUUCAGGAGCCAAAAUGCAGUGGAUUUUGCUAGGCGGAGGCUUCAGGAGCACAAUGACCCAGUCAUGUGUAGCAAAGAUCUAGUUGAUGAAGCUUUGAAGAGGAAGAGUGGGGAUAAUUUAGCUGCUGUUGUGGUUUGCUUCAGAUCAGAAGCUCCCCCCAACCUGGUUGCCCCACGGGCAAGGGUGCAGAGAAGCUUCUCUGCUGAGGGUUUGAGGGAGUUGCAAAGCUUCCUGAAUAGCCUGGCCAAUUGAGAUAGUGACGAAUGCUUUUUUAUUUUCUUCAUUUUGUUUUUGUUCUCUAAUCAAGAAUUUUACCUUUAGUUUUAGAUAUUGAGAGAAUAGAAUUCAACUGUAACAUAUGCGGCAGCAAGUUGGUAACGAGAUUUGUUGCUUUAGUAGAGGUUAAAUUUGUCUUGCCUUUAGCCUUUGAAUGAAGUUACUUUGACUUGAAUCUUUUUAUUUUAACGA